AUGGCCUGGAAUAAGCAUUCGCGUAAUUUGAUCACGGCUGUUCGUCCACACCACUCGUCUACAUUCGCGACCCUCUCUAACGGCCAGCCAGCACGGCGUCUGAACCUCCCUACAGAUUUUAGCACCUCUCCGCUACUGCACCACAAGAGAGACACUUUCGCGCAAACUCCAGGUUUGCCUACAGCAGGGCUUUCAACAAGACUCAAUCUCUUCCAGUCGAUCAACUCUGCGCUGCACACGGCUUUGGCAUCUUCAGACCGUGUGCUCUGUUAUGGACAGGAUGUAGCAUUUGGUGGUGUCUUUAGAUGCACUUCCGGCCUGCAAAAGGAAUUUGGAAAAGACAGGGUCUUCAAUUCGCCAAUCACAGAGCAGGGAAUGGUCGGCGUUGCUAUCGGAGCUGCUGCGGAAGGCAUGAAGCCUGUAGUUGAAAUCCAAUUCGCGGACUAUGUUUUCCCUGCUUUUGACCAGAUUGUGAACGAAGCGUCCAAGUUCCGAUAUCGAGAAGGAACGAGCGGUGCUAAUCUUGGCGGUCUUGUCAUUCGCAUGCCUUGUGGGGGUGUCGGACACGGUGCGCUCUAUCAUACACAGUCGCCUGAAUCGCUUUUCAGCCAUGUACCUGGAUUUCGGAUAGUCAUGCCCAGAUCUCCCACGCAAGCUAAAGGGCUUCUUUUAUCUGCUAUUCUACACUCAAAAGAUCCCGUCAUAUUCAUGGAGCCGAAGAUCUUGUACCGCGCAGCGACUGAGGAGGUACCUGACGAGACAUAUACGUUGCCGUUGGGCAAAGCGGAGGUUCUCCAACCUGGCAGUGACCUGACAAUAAUAUCCUACGGGCGUCCACUAUACACUUGCCAGCAGGCUAUAGAAGCAGUCAAGAAAGACAGAACGGACGUUAGCAUCGAGCUAAUUGACCUUCGCUCCAUAUACCCGUGGGAUAGGGAGACUGUGCUAGCCAGUGUUCGGAAGACAGGACGCGCCAUAAUUGUCCACGAAAGUAUGGUUAACUAUGGAGUCGGCUCUGAGAUCGCAGCUACGAUACAAGAAAAUCUGUUGUUCCACCUUAAAAGCCCUGUCAGGAGACUUGGCGGGUGGACAACUCACACGGGCCUAUCGUAUGAAAAGUACAUUUUCCCUGACGUAACGAGAGUGUACGAUAACAUUCUUCGGAGUCUCGAAGAUGAGUGA